AUGUCUUGGGACUCUUCUGGAAUUCUUAAUGUAUCAGCUAAUGAUACAAUCAGAUUUGACUUUGACACAACUGAUUCCGACACAAGAAAAUUUGAACUGAAAACCACCAUUCCUCUGCCAUCUUUACCAGAGAGUGCAAAUGAUGAUCCAGUGGCAGCAGCAGCAGCAACAAAGAAUUCCAGUUUAUCCUGUGCUACCAGCAAAAAAUUUUUUUUGGCAUCUGGGACUAACCUUUACAUUUAUAGUGCUGAUGAUAACAAGAUUUUACAAACUUUGGCCCUCGACAAAGAACUAAAAGUCAUUUGUUGUUGUGAAACCAAAACAGCCCCCACCAGACAACUAAACAGCAACACAAAUAAUAGUGACAUGUAUAAAGAUGGAAAAAACCCAAGCGCCAUCUACCAUGAGUGGCUGGUCACGUUGGAUUCGGCGCUGAUUCUGAAUGUUUAUGAUGUUAACACGGCAUCCGGCGUAUAUUCGUCUAGUUUCCAUGAUCUUUUUAGAAACAGUUUUAACGGGGUGAAGAAUUUUGCUGGGAAUUUUUCUGGUAUUAAUGAUGAAAUUUCUAUUAUGAAACUUUAUUCUAUCUGUGACAGUAAUGGAGAUUCUAUGAUACUAUUAUUUGCAAACAUUAGAGGGGAGGUCUUCAUUUCUUUACCAUUUGAUCCAUCAGUCAUUCCAACUACUACUUCUACUAAUAAUAAUAAUACUACAAGUAAAUAUGCUAGUUUAAGUAAUAAUAAUAAUAAUGCUACAAGGCCAUUUAUUAGUAUAGCCCACUAUUUUAGCAUGAACAUAAAUUAUGAUAAUGAGUGCAUCUCGUUUGAAUUGGCGGUUAAUGAGGCUGCCAGUCAACUUGUGGAUGUUAGUUUCAUUGAUGACCAGACCUGGGAUGUGAUUGGUCUAUGGUCUGAUGGGCGGGUCCUUGUCUGGUCUAAAAAUAGACUUAAUAAUACAAAUAAUAAUGAUGAUGAUGACAAUAAGAAUAAUAAUAAUGACAACAUUGUAAAUAGCUUUGUGGAUGGCGCUCCAGAUGAGGCUUAUUGUGAUGAAGGAGGUGUCAUUAAAAAUGUAAUCAGAGAUAGUGAUGUUUGUGGAGAGGCUAGAGGUGAAGAUGAUGAUGCUGGUGAGUGGGAGUACAGUUUAAGCUUCGAGUUAAACUUUGAUGAAUUCCACCGACGGAAACAUUCAUCUAGGAUUCCAAAAACAUCAUCAGCAACUUCUACCAAAAUUAUGUUCACCACAGUAACUGGCACAAACGCAUCAGUUGUUCAUCACAACAAUUCAUUAUUCACCAUCAACCUAGAAACCAUGGCUUUGGAAUUUAUCUGGAGCUAUCCCGGUAAAAAUGACGACGAUGAUGGCAAAGUGGAGAGAGAGGGUGAUGAUGCUAUUAGAAGAGAUGGUGAAGCAAAUAUGGAGGGUAGAGGUGAUGAUGUCAUUCUUGAUUUACUCCUAAUUGAGAAGGAAUUGGUUCUCCUUGUAGAUGCAGGCAACAACACCAUAUGCAUGGAAAUAAGAAGCUUUCCUAGCAUGAAACUAAAUAGAAGAGUAAAAAUCUGUGAACAGAGCACUAAUCUCAGAUCACUUCGGCUCCGCACUCCAAAUGUCAGCUCCUCAAUCAUCGGCCAGCACUCACUAACUGGUUACACUAACUCAAGUCCGGGAUUUCUUGGUGGUAAUAAUAGUAACAGCAGUCAAUGCAGUGACACAAUAUACUGCGUAGUGGAACAGUCAACUGAAUUCAUCAAGAUAUUCUCCUUGGACCAGACAGACCUGGGGGCACAAUUGUUGAAGCUCGUAUCGAAGGGGUUGUUUGCUAGGGUUGAAUAUCUGGCUACAAAGUUCAAGCUAGAUGUGAAACCAGCCUUCCAAGCUCGGCUCAGAUAUUGCAUUGAUAACUUGCAUUCAUCGUUUAAAAGUUGGAGUCAAGCCUUCCAGAAGAAUCAGAGGAAUAAUUUGAAGUUAAAAAAGUAUAACAAGUUGGUCAACGACCUCAUCUACUGCAUUCAGUUAGUUGAUGUAGCCUACUGGGAGUUUAAAUCCAUCCUCUCCAUAACAUUCCUGACAUUGAAAGAUGCCAACAGAGUUAUGACAGCCAUUGAAAGCCGACUGGAAUCUCGUCAGACGUCAGUAGAAAGAGACGCAUCCAACAACUGCAACGAUAAAAACAACGUCACAAAGUUCUCCUCUGAAGACGAAUUAAAAAUGAUAGAACAGUUACAAGACCUCAUGUACAAACUCAAGUACAAACUCGGCACAUACACUGUAAUAUUUGAGACGUACAAUCCCAAGGAAUGGAAUAAUUACUCUAAACUGAGCGCUCCGAACAUUUUCUUAAUGCUCGUCAAAAAAGGCUGGUUGGGCUGUGCAGAAAUUUUCAUGAAUCGCCACAAAGAUGAGUUGAUCAUCGGGCGAGGUGGCCACAACGACGACUGCUGCAUUAAAAUUAGUGAGAUACUAAGCUGCUUGCACUGUGGCAUUGCUUCAUCGGACGUUAAACAAUUCAUUGAGAAUGUCAUUUUCCCAGUAGCGAAAUUCAGCUAUGACGCCAUCAGGAUGCUGGCCAAGUGGAUUGAAGAUUAUGCCAGGAAGCUUGAAGUCCUGGAGCCUGGCUAUUGGCCCUAUAACGCCAUAGGAUUGUGCAAAAUUUUAGAUUUUGAUGAUCGAGUUGAUCAGAAAUCAGGAAAUAGUGCUGACAGCUUCGUGAAGUCUUGCGGUACUGGAUUUUUAGAGGUGUCGCCAAGAGACAAGGCCGCUCAGAUUUGCAGUGCUUCAUUUCUCGCAAACGCACACGAAAAUGAUGAAGACAGCUUGGUAGCACUGCAUAGGCUUUUGUGCCACCUGAAAAAUGCUGAAGAAGUGACCAAAAAAUUUGGCUGUCCAUUGCCUCUUUCGAUAGUCGAGCGUGAAAAUAGCGAAACGAUUGCUUUUCGGAUGUUAGACAGAGUCGUUGCUGUUGAAUUAGUCGAACGAGUUAUUGACGACGUCAUCAGGCCAUACCUGCUGAGCAAGAGUCUGAAUGUUGAUGUCGUUCUGCUAAAUUACAUCAAGAACGUUUCUGAGAACGUCAUCCAUUACAAGAAUGAAGAAAAGGUUGCCAGGAUAGCAAGGUGCAUCGGCUCUUUUGUGAAUAAAUGCAAAGCACUGAUCAGCCUUACAAGUUGGUGCAACGUACCAUGGAGUGAUAGCAUCCAGGAGAUGGUGGAGAACCUGGUGGCAGUUGAACAUCCGCUCGUCAGGUCCAUUAAAGAUAGAAAGAAUCAAAUCAACUUGGAGUGCAUUCUGAAAAAAUACGGCUUCAAUUUAGUUCAGUUCAUCGCAUGCCCUGCUGAGAUCUUAAAGAUUAUCGUCAAUAAAGAUUAUGCCAGUGAUGGUAGUGGUGCAGGUGUUGGUGUUAAUGAGGAUAAUUGUGGAUCCAGUAGAGUAGAGAGUGCAUUGUUUGAUGCUAUGAUGUUAGCAGGCAGAGGAGCUUACCUGCUUUCCGACGUCUUUUUCCACAGACUGGUGCACUUGAUUGGUAGUGGAUUGUUUGAGGACGGGUUCAAGCUACUGGAUGGUGUUGAUGCUAUGGUUGAAAAAUUUCUAAAAGAAUAUGGAGAGGAAUAUUGUAAAGAUAUGAAGCAGGAAAACAGUAUCGGAGAAAAAAUCGGCGAUGACGUCAUCGACCUCGCUCGGUCAAUCCUUUCCAACGAAUCCCACUUCCGAUCCGUCAAAUAUAAUUAUUCCUACUUCGCCAGCAACCUAGCCAGAGAGAGAUACAAUAAGUUAGCAUCAUCUGGCGAUUGUUCUUCCCAAUCUGCAAGCCUUCAAUAUUACAAAAACAUAAUUGAGUUCUUUGCAUCAGGUCCAGAUUCAAGUAUUAAGACCAUUGAGGGGGUAAAUCCUAAAGAGAAUACCCACAUUAAUAAGAUUGUAUGUAGUCACGAGCUAAAUGCCGACGAUGACUAUAUGAAGUUGAUGGAGGAAAUAUGUGACCUGGUGAGGACGAAUGAUGGCGAUCUUCCGGCUGAUCACGUGAUGUCACUACUUGCGAAAUUAAACUCGUCCAAUCGGCUUCUGCCUGAUGUGUGCGUUGAUAACUUAAAAGUGCACCUUAAGAUUCAGAGAUUAUUAACUCUAUUGAUGAGUUUAUUCAAAUCUUCUUUUGACUAUUCACAAUUUGACGAUGCGAAACUGGAUGUAGAAGUUGAGAGGAGGAAUUUUUUCACUGGAAAUUCCAACAAUUCUAAUAAUAUCUCAUCCAGAGGACUGCUAUAUAAAUGGUCAUCUGUGUCCAAGUUGCUGUACGGAUUAAUGACCUUGACAUUGUCAGACGACAAAAAUCUCCAAGGGUCAAAUGUCAAAUACGAUAGUGACGUCGGCGAAUUUGAAUCGUUGUUUGAUAAUUUGAAAGAAGUCUUGCUGAAGAAUAAGCAGGAUCAUCUGAUUUUAGAAUCCUACUUCACAUUCAAUUGUACAUUAUUAGAGUUAUACAAAAAUUUAAUGACAUCGAACUCGACAACAUCUCCUUCGAGGGAGGUAUCUCUCGGAAAUAUGACGCUAGCCCCUCUAGAUGCCACUAAAAGGCGGAGCACGGUCACCCCGCAGUCCCUACCCCAGAUGAGGGUAAUUUCCGUUGAGAAAUUAAUAAACACCAUUUCAUCGCUGGUCGACAAAACCCUCGCCCUGCUACCAACUUCACACGCGUCAUCCUCAUCAAUUUCGAAUGGACCCCAGAUGAAGGCCUGCAUAUCCCUCAUGUCUUCUUGCUUCACUUUCGACGAAGCACUCCCGAAGUUGGCUCUCACUUACAAGAUGGCGGAAAAUAAAUUCAAACUUCAAAGAGCCCUGGCUAAUCUGGCGAUUGGUUACACAUCUCUUCAGAGGGAGGACACGUCAUUCUUCAUCAGGAUGCAGUUGGAAUCAACUUGGGCCUACGUUCUAGCCCAAAGGAGGAUGAAAUUAGAGCAUUCGAAGAUGGAGAGCCUCCAUGCAAUGUCGAUCAGUGUUCACUUUGAAAAUGCCGACCUCCUGGACUUCUGCAGAGAUUUCAAACUCAGCACUUCAUCCGCUUAUCUCUCCAUCAUCAAUUCCAUCCUGUCGUCUCCCAUCAUAUCAUCAUCAUCACCGUUAUCGUCAUCCGCUUCUUCAUCUCAAAAAACACUCAAUAAUACUGCCAGCAUUUUGCUAACAAGAGUUGAAGUAUUUUGCUCGCUGUUGAUUAAAGAUAAAGUAUUUACUGAAUUACUACUACUGCUGAGUAGCCAUUUGGAUAAGGUGAAUGGCAGACGUUACGAUAGAAUUCACUUUAUACUUAGAAUGAUGCAGAAUGUAGAGCAGAAUGUGAGUGCUUAUGAGGCAGUAGCAACCACCGACCAGCAGAACGCUUCACAGCUAUCGACAGAUGAUAAGAUAAGUUUAAUAACAUUCCUUCAAUCGUAUAAACCAAUCAGUCACUUGAGAGCUGUUAAUAAAGCGUCAUCGGCUUCGUCGUCGUCGGCUGGAGGGCUGGGAAAAGUUCAGAAGGAAAAUUGGAAACAAGUUGCCGAUGACAGGCUGUCUUUCCACGAUUUCUUUUCAUCUCAACUCUUGAAGAAAAUCAUUUCCAAGGAGAUAUGUUAUGACAAUGCCCUCGGAUGGUUGUCAAUGUCAUCAUCUCUAAGAUACCCGGAAGAUGAUAUACUGAUAGUGGCCAUCCGGAAUAUCAUAGAGGACGCCGUGAAGUUGGAGGAGGUGUGCGGUGGAGAUGAUGCCAUACCAACUGAACAUUUGGACCUCGUGUUCCAGCUCUGCCAGAGGGUGAACAAUCUCUCUGUGGCCGUCAAGAUCAUUGUAUGGGUCGUGGACCAGCUGACAUCAACGGCUUACUCUCAGCAUCGCCUCGACCUGUACAAAUUAUGCAAGACCGCCUGCAAAAAAUGGAUCGCCAUGGAAAAAACAUCCCUCAACACCGUGCCAGCCAGCAGUAUACCAGUAAACAUGAUGAUCAGGUGUGAGAUGGAGUGCCAGAAACUCGAGUUGGCUCAAAUUCUUGAACAUUGGGGUUUUGAUGAUUUAGCGAAAAUGGUUCUAUCUCCUGACAAUAUUCUCCUUGAAAGUGGUUUCACCGUCGAUUACAAUAAGACUGUAAUCGGUGAGGCCUUGAUUACGAAGCUUUAUGAACAUAAGUCUGUUCUAGAAGCCUGGGAGAUUGGGCACUACAUGGAUCCGGAUAUCGAGUACUUCAUGAAUCUAGUAAAAAAAACUACCAGCUUAAUUCACUAUAUAAGCGCCACAUCUUCAAAACACAAAUACAGAUCCUUCAGUCAGGAUACGUGCAAAGUACACGCAGCGGUGGAGAAUCUGAAUAGCUAUUUCGACCUUGACAUUGCAAGCCUUCGAUCAACAUUGGUUGACAUGUGGCUGACGCCAAGCUCUCAGAUCAACAAUGAAUUUUUAGACGUCUCCGUUAUCGUUCCUGCCGGAGUGGAUGAUAAUGAUGGUGGUGGAGAGAAAAACACUUUUGGAGCGACAAAGAGUGAAGAAGAUGACGCCAACAAUCUUAUCAGACUUAUCUAUCUUCUCUCUCAACUAGAUACCUACCAAUUGUAUUCUGUUUUGGUUGAUCCCUUGACCAAUGACAGAACGGGAUUCGCCGAAAACCGCAUUAGAGCGCUUACCUGCUUCUUAAGCCUAACCAAUCCCAUGUCGGUGGCCGAACAUCUUAAAUUAAAUUCGCUUGAUGAGUUAAUCGAAUUAUUAACGAAUAUUAUAUCCGUAUCUAAGUUGGAAUCGUUAAAUGUAAAAGAAUCGUUCGAUUCUUUCACAUCCCUAGAUAAAUCUUCACUAAUUAGGAUGCUGAUAAAAAAUAGCGGCGGUUGUACAUUCUCGUCGCAGGAGUUCAGUAAAAGGGAUGGGCUGUCGAGUUUUGCGGUGUUGUGCGCCGGUUUAAUUGCAUCUUAUAGCAUAAACGAUAUCGAUAUUUGGAAGUCCGUUCUGGGCAAGUUGAUUGGGGAGAGGAGGUUUGCUGUGGUGUACAUGCUUCUCGUCAACUCUGGCUGGCUGGUUAUGAGAAACCCUUGCAACGCCAAAUAUCUGAGUGAAAUGAUGACACAACUAAUCACCACUAUCAUCAAUACUCAUCAUCAUCUUCGUCAUCAUCGUGAAAAUGACGUCAUUUCGUCCCUGGCCUUCAACUUGCUUCUCAUAUAUCCAGGAUCUAUCGCCAUGAAUUGUCAGGAUAGUUUGGAGGAUGAGGUAUCCGGUGUGGUAGCUACAUUAGCCUCAUCAUCGUCGCCACCGACAUCAUCGACCUCACUUUGUUUCAGCGAAUUUUUUUUCAAUCUGAUGGAAAAAUUUUUCGACCACAAGUUUUACGAACACGCCUUUGGCUGCGCCAUCCUCUGCCAUUUUAAAGAAAUUCACAAUGUCGACGGGGAAGGAGAUGAUGAAAAGAACGAUGAGAAGAUUAGUGACGUUAACAAAGAUAAAAGAUCAACGCUGCUAAAGAAAUCAACCUCCAUAAAUACUAUAAAUCUUGCAGUGGCCAGGGUUGAAGAUACGAUUAAAAGUGGAAUUCCGUUUAAGUAUAAAGGCACUAUAGUUAGGAGUUUGAAGAAAAUAAAAUCCAUCAAUGAUGCUAAAGAAGGCAGCAGCUACAACAACGAUCAUGAUGGUGAUGAUAACGUCAAUAACCUAGGCGAUGACAAUUCUAAAAGUGGCGCUUUUACAACGUCAUAUUGGGUGGUGACGUCAUCUGCUGAAAACAAAUUCGAUAUGAGUUGUUACUUCGCCAGAGAAGAUUCGUUCCAAAGGUGCCAAAGUGCCCUAGACGAAACUAUGGCCAACAUAAAUGCUACUAUUUUGAGAUAUUAAGUUGAUGUCGAUGUGUUGUGUGUGUGUGUGUGUGUGUGUGUGUGUGUGUGUGUGUGUGUGUGUGUGUGUGUGUGUGUGUGUGUGUGUGUGUGUGUGUGUGUGUGUGUGUGAAAGAGAGAUAGGAGAUAGUAAUCAGUAAUGUACAUGUAUAUAAUGUUAAUAUUGUUUACAUUUUUGUUGCUGGGUAUUCCAAUUUACUUGUGACACCGCUUAAAUUGCUUAAGACGGCUGUGACAAAAUGCCUUUUAUUAUAAAUUUGUUCAUUUAAUUGUGGAAUGACAAUUUUUUAAAUGUGCUAGGCUAGAGUGUUCUGACGUUUUUUCGGUUGUUUCAGCGUUUGGAUUGAUUAGUACAGGCCUCGUUUGCCUGUGUAAAAGAUUGUCUAACU